UAGCCUGCGUGUAAUUUAGUCAUUCACAAAUUUAGUGUUCGUAUACCCGUACAAAUUUAUCUUCUUUGAAACUUGAAUGUUUACAACGAUUGCAUGAAAGGAAUGUCUAUACACUUGUAAAGAACAUUACAUAAGUUAUUAUAAUUCUAAUUAAUAAUUUCGUCAAGAUGAGUUCAUCAAAUAAUGAUAACGAUGACAACAGUGAGAAAAGGAAGAUUUCAAUUUACGGAUUAGUCAGAUCAGAAGACCGCCCGAUUCCAUUAAAGUCUAUAAAGGUAGAUGUUCAGAUAUUUGGCUAUGUAGCUGAAGUGACAUCCACACUGACCUACUUCAAUACUGAGGAGACCCCAGUAGAGGCAGUGUUUACAUUCCCUGUAGAUGAUGGCAGUGCAGUGUUUCAGUUUGAGGCUCACAUUGAUGGCCGUCAUAUUGUCGCUGAAAUCCAGGAACGUGAGCAGGCACAAUUGACUUAUGAUGAUGCUGUUCAAAGUGGAAAAACAGCCAUGCUGCUAAAAGAAGACAGUUCUGCUGGGGACAUCUUCAGUUGCAUGCUGGGUAAUCUACCAGCUAAAACUGAGGCGUCAUUGGUGAUGAAAUAUGUGAUUGAGUUACCACAAGAACCUGAUGGUCAACUAAGAUUCACACUCCCUACUGUACUUAAUCCAAGACACUUUUCAGGAGUAGGCGGAGAAGUUGCUGCUGAGGGUGCCACAUAUGUUCCACCAUCUAAAGUACCGUAUGAAUUUAGCUUGAUCGCUACAAUCAAAGGUUAUCAUAAAGUAACCUCAGUCACCUCAGAAACAAUCUCAUUAAAUGUCCAUUUUGAGGAUAACAACAAGAUAGCAAAGGUUAGCCUUGGUGAAGAUUUCAAGUUUGAUCACGAUCUUAGAUUUAUUGUACAGUACGAGUCACCUUAUUCUCCACAGAUUGUCCUUGAAGAUGGAAAUCCUGAAGCUGAUGGUCUAUUGAAGGAGGACAUAUUAAUGAUCAGCUUUCACCCAGACCUGAAAGAAGUUGCCAUGGCAACUAAUGGCGAAUACAUCUUUGUUAUAGAUAGAUCUGGCAGUAUGGAUGGAGACCGGAUUGCAAAUGCAAAAGAAGCUCUUUUUCUUUUCCUAAAGAGUUUGCCAAGCAACUGUUACUUCAACAUUAUCAGUUUUGGGUCACAAUAUAGCUCCCUGUUCUCAAGUGGCAGCAAAAAGUACACAAGGUCACGUUUAACUAAAGCUAUCAGAGUGCAAAAACUGAUGAAUGCUGACAUGGGUGGCACAGAAAUUCUCAAGCCUUUAGAAUAUGUCUUUAAUAACAAACCUAUACCUUCACACCCAAGAAGGGUUUUUAUUCUAACAGAUGGGCAAGUAGGCAAUACAGAUGCAGUAAUCGGACUGGUCAGAAAGGAAUCCAUAAACACAAGUACAAGAGUAUUCACCCUUGGUAUAGGCCAUGGUGUAUCAACAGCUCUGAUUGAUGGUAUUGCAAGAAAUGGUGGAGGGAAAUCAGAAUUUAUAACUGGUAAAGAUCGUAUACAGCCCAAGGUGAUAUCAUUAUUAAAGCGUGCUAUGCAGCCUGCCAUCACAGAUAUCUCACUAGACUGGGAUCUACCUCCAGGUAUCAUACCCGUGUCCAUACCUACUGAACUUCCAAAUAUCAUAUCUGCUGGUGAACGACUCACAUUGUUUGCUGUCCUACAGAAUGUUGAUAAAAAUGCAAGUUAUGCACCCAGUACAGUGACGUUGAAAGGUGUACGAGAUGGAAAUGCUGUUUCUUAUACUUUGGUCUUCACUUUGUGUGAAGCAGACAAUAUAAAUGUAUCUGCUCCUAUUCAUCGAUUAGCAACUAAGCUGCAAAUCAAACUUCUACAGGACCAGGAGGCGGAAUCUACUGCAAAACGUUUACAGCUUUUCUUUUUUGAAACAAUCUUUUAUACAAAUAAAAAAAUUACUCCGGAUUUCCAUGUCAGAAGGGCACACCAGAGAAAAACUUUGUUAAUUACUGUAACAAUAUUUUUACCUCCACUUUAAAGCUAAGCUAUUGUCAGGAGCCAUUUUCCUUCAUCUGCGUUGGUUAACAUUUUUUGUUCCAGUUUUGGCUUAUGUUUAUUUACUAAAAUACUGAUAAAGCUGUCAAAUUCAAUCUAUAAUGUGAAUGCACCCUCAUGAGUUCUACCUCCCACACCUAUUUUUAGGUCAAAUGUCAAUGGUCAAUGUAACUUGGUCCUGUUAUAUUUUAAAAUUCAACUGGUCAUUAAAGUAAAGUACUUUGACCUGGUA